CGCGCACGCGCAGACCGCCGCUCCCGGCGUGCAGCGCUGCGGCCCAGGCGGCCGCCUCAGGCAGCCCCGCGGGGCCGGCCGGGCCCGAGCAGCGGGAGCAUGGCGCUGAAACGGAUCCAGAAGGAACUGACUGACUUACAGAGGGAUCCUCCUGCUCAGUGUUCUGCAGGACCUGUAGGUGAUGACUUGUUCCACUGGCAGGCCACCAUCAUGGGCCCGAACGACAGUCCUUACCAAGGAGGUGUUUUUUUCCUGACCAUCCACUUCCCUACAGAUUAUCCGUUCAAGCCCCCAAAGGUUGCUUUCACUACCAAAAUCUAUCACCCCAAUAUCAACAGCAAUGGCAGCAUCUGCCUGGACAUCCUGAGGUCACAGUGGUCCCCAGCAUUGACUGUGUCCAAAGUUCUCUUGUCCAUCUGCUCUCUGCUCUGCGACCCCAACCCUGAUGACCCGCUGGUGCCAGAAAUAGCCCACACCUACAAGGCCGACAGAGAGAAAUACAACAGACUAGCAAGAGAGUGGACGCAGAAAUAUGCUAUGUAAGUGCCUCGAAGGCUCCAUGGGAGACAGUGUCCAAGAGAAGCUUGCCAGGCAGAGUGGCCUUCCUGUGAAGCUCUGAGCUGUUGGCUAAGGCACUCACAGAACAUCCUCCAUUCACACUCAUGUCGACCUUGCACUCUCUGGCUGCAGCGUGUUGGUGGUGCCACUCUCAGCCAUUGUGGCCUUGAUAGUAUCACACCUUUGAUGCCAAAUCAGCAACCAUCGUUAUGAUCUGCAGUCUUCCUGGUUACACUAGAGUUGGUCUGUGCCCAGCUUUUCUGCUUGUCUCUGGGGAAUCAAGCCAUGCAUGCCUCCCCUACUUGUCCUCAAAUGGUGCACUGGUCACUAUGGCACUAUACGGGGGCCCAGUCUGUUUCCUAACCACAUACCCUUUGCCCUUAGAACACAGUGCAGUCCUGAGGGCCCAGGGCAGAGUGGGCCUUCUUCAUACUGUCUGUGGGCCACAGAACCAUGUCCUCAGGAGUCCGAGUGCAUCCUGGAGGCUCCUGGGAAUGGGAGCAGCAUCGGGAAAGUGCUGCUCUCUCCCACCACCAUCCUCUGUAGUGCUGUAUGCUGCAUUUCUCUCCUCACACUAGUCAGCAGCUGGGAAACAUCAGGUUAUGCAAAGCGUGUAACACCCCAAGAAGGAAGAUGACAUUGUCGACAUGGAGAGAUUGGGGGUUGUGCUUUCGUAUGUGGUGAGGCUUUCCCCACUGGGAACGUAACAUGAAGUUCAAGUAUAAGCCAUUCACAGAUGGGGACAUAAGGAAGGAGAGGGGCUUUAAAUACAAAUAAAAAUGAAAUCCCCUCAGAACUAUGAAUGACAAUUGACACUUUUUUUCUCCUUUCAGAAUAAACUUAACAGGUUCUCCAGA